UUACAAUUUUUACAGAUGAAAAUGAACGACUCCAUGGAUGGAGGAAUGGAUAAUCCUAUGCCCGAAGGGAUGGGCGGUGGCAUGGGUGGCGGUAUGGGCGGCGGUAUGGGAGGCGGCAUGGGAGGCGGCAUGGGAGGUGGUAUGGGAGGCGGCAUGGGUAUGGGUCGCGGCGGUGUGAUGCGAGGAGGCGGAAGAGGUCGCGGUGGCGGCGAUAGAAAUAUGGCUAGCAGGUCGCAAGACAGACAGGCAGUCGACGGUGUGAUGCGAGGAGGCGGAAGAGGUGGACGUGGCGGCGGCGAUAGAAAUAUGGCUAGCAGGUCGCAAGACGAUCGAUUGAUGGAACGCGUCAUGGCUAUCAGCGGACCCACUCACGAGCUCCCGCCGCAGGAUACGACGGAGAAGAAGUUCAGCGGCCGGAAUCGUUUGUACGUUGGAAAUUUGACGAACGACGUGAGCGAGGAAGAGAUACAGACCAUGUUCCAGAAGUUUGGAGAGAUAUCAGAGUUGUUUGUGAACAAGGAAAAAAGUUUUGCUUUUCUCAGAAUGGAUUACAAAGCGAAUGCUGAUACGGCUAAGCGUGAACUGGAUGGUUCAAUGCGCAAAGGUCGUGCGCUGAAGGUACGCUUCGCCCCCCAUUCGUCGACAAUCAAAAUAAAGAAUCUUACACCUUGGACAUCCAACGAACUCCUUGAGAGAGCCUUCGGUGUAUUUGGCGAAAUAGAGCGUGCGAUAGUAAAAGUUGACGACAGAGGUAAAAGUACUGGUGAAGGAAUUGUCGAGUUUUGCCGGAAACCGUCUGCUCAAUUAGCCCUGAGGAAAUGCACGGAGGGCUGCUAUUUUGUUACUGCUUCUCUUCGACCAGUAGUCGUUGAGCCGUUUGAACAGCAAGAUGACGUGGACGGCUACCCCGAUAAGAAUUUACCACGCAAGAAUCCGGAUUUUUUCAAAGCACGUGAGAUCGGACCGCGCUUCGCGCAAGUAGGUAGCUUCGAGCACGAGUACGGUACGAGAUGGAAGCAGUUGCACGAAUUGUACAAGCAGAAGGAAGAAGCACUUAAACGAGAGAUGGCGAUGGAAGAAGAAAAGCUGGAAGCCCAAAUGGAGUUCGCGCGAUAUGAACACGAGACGGAACUUCUGAGAGAACAACUGCGAAUGCGCGAGGCGGAUCGCGAGAGGCAAAAGAGAGAAUGGGAGAUGAAGGAGCGACAGGCCGAAGAGCAGAGAACGCGUGAGGAGGAGUUGAGACGGCGCCAACAAGAAGAAAUGGCGAUACGUAUCAGGAGACAAGAAGAGGAAUUGCAUAGACGUCAACAGGAAAACAAUUUGUUUAUGCAGGAGCAGGCAAUUCGCAGUGGUGGUGGCAAAAGUUAUGAUUCAGUCAGUAGCAAUGAUCGUGAUGGAUACGGCCAACCUGAUGGUGGAAGCGGCAUGCCAGUGGAUCCGAAGUCAUUUAUGGACGCGUACAAUAUGGACCGCGGUAAUCGAGGGGGUUAUAAUGAUGAUCGCGGGCAAAUAAUGGAUUUAAUGGACAUGAGGGUUGACAUGGGUAACAUGGGUGGUGGUCGCGGAGGUAGCGGUGGUAGUGGACGUUGGCAGGGAAAUGACAGAAAUCGCCCGGACGAUUAUCCCUCCAAACGCCGACGAUAUUAAACAUUUGCGCAGUACGAAAUCUUACUUCGCUGAUUACUUAGCGCUCUGCAAGCAUCGUGCUAUGUCCUUCGUUCAUCCCUCACUUUCAUAUUGUUCACCUUGAUAAUCAACGAGGCAAUGGGGGAGGAGGAGUAGUUGAGAAAGUCUAAUAUUCGCGAGUAAGAUGGUGGACAGCAGCAGCAUUAAUAUAUACCGAUUUCGAAAAUUGCGCCUGAGAAUGAACGAUGAUGCGAAGAGUUUGGACUUGAAACAUUAAUUAUUAAUGUUUUGAUACUUUUGACGGAUUCUGUGUCCCAGAUGACAUUUCUUCUCGAUCAUGUACUCCGAUUGAAUAUCGAUAACGAUAUUGAUGUUAUUGAAACGUUUUAGUCAUCGGUUUGUUGUACGCAGUUGGGAAAAAAGGAGUCUGCUUUAAAUUGCCAUUUUUACGUUGAGAUUAACGCAAAAUAUCAUCAAUUGAGAAGCAAUAUUCAACACCCCGAUAUACAUAUUAUUGGACACAAUUAAUUCCGCAAUUUUAUCUUCGACUCCGAAUCCUGGAUUGAACAUUACAAAUUAGAGUCUUACUUCAUAAUUAGUAUUUGUAUUUUGUAUUUGUGAUAUACAAGUAAAAAUGAGAUACGGUAUUGUAUGUCCAUAUAGAUAUUAGACGUGGAUCAGUAAUUUGAAUUUUCAUACUCCGCUUAUAUCACAAAUAUAAGAUGCAUACAUUUAUUAUCAAGUAAGAUUCGAAGUUACUUUAAAGGUCUUGGGAGAUUGGAAUAAUAAUUAAGAUAAUACCAUAAUUUUUUACCCUACAAUAUGGUUUCGUUCUGAAUUCCUUUAUUAACUCGUUCAUUCUAAAUUUGUACUGUACCAUUUAAUAAUUAUUUUGAUAAAAAAAAGCAUACCAUAUAUUAUUUAUCAUUAAAAAGAACUAUUCUU